AUGAAAAUGGGAAACGAAACUGUCAUAUCUGAGUUCCUCCUCCUGGGCCUGCCUAUAGAGCCAGAUCAGCGAGAUCUGUUCUACGCCCUGUUCCUGGCCAUGUAUCUGACCACUGUCCUGGGGAACCUCCUGAUCAUCAUCCUCAUUUACUUGGACUCUCACCUCCAUACUCCCAUGUAUUUGUUUCUCAGCAAUUUGUCUUUCUCAGACCUCUGCUUCUCCUCUGUGACCAUUCCCAAAUUGUUAGAGAACAUGCUGAGCGGAGUCCCUUCCAUCCCCUAUGCCGGCUGUCUGAUGCAAAUGUACUUCUUCCUGUUUUUCGCAGACGUGGAGAGCUUCCUCCUGGUGGUCAUGGCCUAUGACCGCUAUGUGGCCAUCUGCUUCCCUCUGCACUACACCACCAUCAUGAGCCCCAGGCUCUGUGUGGCCUUGCUGGUGCUGUCCUGGGUACUGACCACUUCUAUCUCUUUGUUACACACCCUACUCAUGGCUCGGCUUUCUUUCUGUGCCGAUAAUGUCAUCCCUCAUUUUUUCUGUGACAUGUCAGCUCUGCUAAAAUUGGCUUGCUCUGACAUUCAGAUCAAUGAAAUGGCGAUAUUUAUCUUGGGAGGGCUUGUCAUUGUUGUUCCUUUCCUGUUGAUAUUUUUGUCCUAUGCACGAAUUGUGUCCUCCAUCCUCAAGGUCCCUUCUGCUAGGGGGAUCCGCAAGGCCUUCUCCACCUGUGGCUCCCACCUCUCUGUGGUGUCAUUGUUCUAUGGGACAAUCAUUGGCCUCUACUUGUGCCCUUCUGCUGACAAUUCUACUGUUAAAGAGACUGUCAUGGCUGUCAUGUACACUGUGGUGACCCCCAUGCUGAACCCUUUUAUUUAUAGUCUGAGGAAUCAGGACAUAAAGGGAGCCCUUGGAAGAAUCUUUUCAAAGAGGAUAAUUCACUUUUCUCUGGGGCAGUGA